UCGUCGGAGGCGAGGAGAAGGCAUGUGUGUUUAAAAAGUCUCACUUCGACUCAGCAGCGACUCGAUCUCGACCGGUCGACCUCGUCUCGCAGAUGCUGAUGAGCAGCGGAACGACGAGCAUUCGAGCAUCAUUGGAGCGCGGCUGACGCGAGUCUUCGUCCACAUAUAUGCGCCACGAUGGAGCUGUGAUUACACAGUUGGCAGCGCUGCAGCUAGUCUCCGGACAACAUGUAGCUGACGCGGUGGGGCUGAAGAGUACGUAAGCGUACAUCGCGCGAGCGGGAGGGGACCAUAAAGCUACACGUCUGACGUGUUAGAAUCCGCAGUGUUCGUGCGAGUGCGGCCCCGAGGAGAAGCUCGCGCGAUAGUCACACACAUACACACAUCGAUUCGCACCUGCGUUGUCACCUGUCGUCUCUCCUGGCGCGUUGCCUCCGGAAGACCCGAAGCCGUGGGUGCCGCGCGCUUCGCCAACACCCCCGUUCAUCCAGCAGCCUCGCUUAGCGCUCGACGACUGGCAGAACCCGGCGGAGAGAAAGAGGAGGUCGCGAUCGUAAGGAUAAGCGGAGGAACGCCGGCGAGACAUGGAGAAAGCGCAGGAGAAACGGUACACGAGGAGAGAAGUGACGGAGAACAAGGAUCUCGACAAGGUCUUAGUGAUUCUGCACGACAAUGUGUACAACGUUCACCCUUUCCUCAAUGAACACCCGGGCGGCGAGGAAAUCCUGCUCGACCACAAAGGCACGGACGGCUCCGAGGACUUCGAUGACGUCGGCCACUCGCACGACGCCAUAGACCUGAUGAAGAAAUACCAGGUCGGCCGGCUCGUCGACUCGGAAAGGAGGAACAAGCAGCCGAAAAAGGGCUGGGUGGCAAAGUACAACAGCAAGGAGCCGGAAAAAUACGUCCAAGGACCCGGCAUGCCCUUCUACUUGCUCGUCGGCGGGAUCGUGUUCGCGGUCGCAUUUUUCUUCUAUCAAUUUUAACGGACGAUCGUUCAUUCGUCCAGCCACACGCGAUGCGUGAAAAUGUGUGACAAAGCGGACGGAGGAUGCAAGGUACAAAACGUGAGAACGUACUCGCGUCGUUCCGCUUUCGAUCGGCGGAACGAACAGCGCGGCGACAAUGGCGGCGAUCGCUUUUCCGGAGGGGGCGGCGACCCCCGACAUGCUUUCCGACGCGACAAAUCUGCCUCCGAUCGCUAACGUAUGAUUGUUUUUUUCCCUUUUUUUUUUUUUUUUUACGGAGGUCUCGCUUCUGUGGCAAGGAUAAAGUGUACGUGGAUUAAGGUCGAUUAUUCUGUAAGAAUUUGUAAGGGUACACAAUUUUAUGUUUAUAUAAACGUGAAUGUUGCAUUUACGCAAACGCCAGACGUUGUAUUGCCCCCUCUUGCGAAGCCGCCGAAUGACGGCGAGCCGAAAUCAGGAGAACCGUCCGCGCGCGAAUCGAGCCGAGCCGAGCCGACUCGAUCGUCGAGGAUUUCGAGCGUUCUUAUUAUGUAAAUGGGUCGAGUUUAUCAUCGCGGAAUGGGAGAUUUCGCCCGGCGUUGAGCCGAUCUUUAGCGGAUGCAAUCGCCGUGAAUCGCAAAAUAUUUGACAAAAUGGCCGUGCAAAUCGAAUAACGAAAGAAGCCGGCGAAACGACGACGGCGCAAACAGGAACGAACCGACGAAAGUUCGCCUCUACUGUAGCUUCGAAGUCGAUGGGGAGAGAGACACCCGACUUUUAAAACUCGAAGAAAAGCACGAGACGGUGGGGAAUCGAUUAUUGCCGAAAUAUCGAAAAUUUGCCGCAAGAUUUCUACGCGCCGCGCGCGCGGAGAAACGUCGAGCGUUUCGCUUCGGUUCAAGUUCAAGACAAGAAGACACUUCGGAAUAGAAUUUACGACGUUCUCUCGAUAAUUCACAUACGGAUCGAUCGCUCGGUAUUAAUUCACAAGUCUCCAUCUUAUCAGCCGAAGAUAGCGCUAUCGUAAGAUGUAUAAUGUAUCGCUCUUAAUCCCGUGUUUACCCAUAAAUCCAAUAACUGCAAGUAAUACAAACGUCGCUCCCGCACGUAAUAAAAUAUUUCUGUCUCUUA